AUGUUCUCUCAAAGCGGCACAAACACACCAGUUCCACAAUCUAGAAAUGUUCCAGUUCCUAUACACGAUACAAUUGGCGACUCCAUAACUUGGGUCAACGAGCGGUUCUCAUUUGACCAGGAUGGUACCAACUCAUUGCAAUUGAAGGGAUGGGUCAAGACUAAUCAGAGUCAUAAAAAUACAUUGCCAAAGUCUUACCUCAAUUUGAGUGAGACAAAGUGGCAGUAUAUGAAGGAAUCUUCUAUCGAUUGA